AGUAGUUUCUGCCGGGAAAUGGCUGCUUGAUCGGCACGGCGCGGCUUCUUACCUUGAGAAAUGAGUGGCAAGCGGCCCGCCAUGGUGGACGUGGUCUGGGUGAGGAAAAGGGAAAAGAAGGAGGUGAUAGCAGCGUUUUCGGACGCUGUGAAGGAGAAUGGUGUGAAGAAGCAAGUGGCCGAGGCGUGGAGCCACAGGACGCCCAUCAGUCACGAAGCUAUAGUCAUGGACAUGGACCCUUUUCUUCACUGUGUGAUCCCAAACUUCAUCCGAAGUCAAGAGUUCUUGGAAGGGCUUCAGAAGGAACUUUUGAACUUGGACUUCCAUGAAAAGUAUAAUGAUUUAUAUAAGUUUCAGCAGUCUGAUGAUUUGAAGAAGAGAAGAGAGCCUCAUAUCUCAGCCUUAAGGAAACUUCUGUUUGAAGACUUCCGGACCUGGCUCUCUGACAUUUCUAGCAUUGCCCUGGAAUCAACCAUUGACAUGUCUUGUGCCAAAUAUGAGUUCACUGAUGCCCUUCUCUGCCAUGAUGAUGAGCUGGAAGGACGCCGGAUUGCCUUCAUUCUCUACCUGGUUCCUUCCUGGGACAUCAGCUUGGGGGGCACCCUGGACCUGUACAGCACUGAUGAACACUUUCAGCCGAAGCAGAUUGUCAAGUCUCUUGUCCCUUCGUGGAACAAACUGGUUUUCUUUGAAGUGUCUCCAGUAUCCUUUCACCAGGUGUCCGAAGUUCUGUCUGAAGAAACAUCACGCUUGUCUAUAAGUGGCUGGUUUCAUGGUCCUUCAGUGGCCAGGCCUCUCACCUACUUUGAACCCUGUAUACCUCGAAACCCUCACAUCCCUCAUGAUCAUGAAAUUUUGUAUGAGUGGAUCAACCCUACUUAUCUGGACAUGGAUUACCAAGUUCAAAUCCAAGAAGAGUUUGAAGAAAGGUCUGAAAUUCUCCUGAAGGAAUUUCUUAAGCCUGAGAAAUUCACAAAGGUCUAUGAGGCUUUGGAGAAAGGAGAUGUGGAAUGGAGUAGCCGUGGUCCCCCUAACAAAAGGUUUUAUGACAGAGCUGACGAGAAUAAGCUCCCUGACAUCCUGAAGGACUGCAUGGAGCUGUUUCGCUCUGAGGCGUUGUUCUUGCUGCUCUCCAACUUCACAGGCCUGAAGCUUCACUUCUUGGCCCCUUCAGAAGAUGAGGCUGAGACAGAAGUAGCCUGUGCUGCUGAUAGCACUGAAGAAGGUACUAGCCAUACCUCCUCACUGCCUGAGAAGAAUCAGGUAGCCGUAAGCAGCAGCCAGCAGAGCAGUGAACAUGUAGACCCAGACCCAAGCCCAGACCCAGAGGAAGAUGAAGCAAAGAAAGAGUCAAGUGUUCCCACAUGCCAAGGAGAACUGAGGCGUUGGAAGCCUGGCCACUAUACCUUAAUCCACGACAACAGCAAGACUGAAUUUGCCUUGGACCUACUCUUCUACUGUGGCUGUGAAGGCUGGGAGCCAGAAUAUGGUGGCUUUACUUCCUACAUUGCCAAGGGUGAAGAUGAAGAGCUAUUAACAGUGAGUCCAGAAAACAAUUGUCUCGCAUUGGUCUACAGAGAUCAGGAAACUCUGAAAUUUGUCAAGUAUAUUAACCAGCGAAGCCUAGAACAAAAGAAAACCUUGCCCGACAGGACUGGUUUCUGGGACUUUGCAUUUGUCUAUUAUGAAUAACAGGACUGACUGGGCAAACUGACAAAAAAAAGGCGAGGCUUCGUCCAUGCUGUGAAGGCUGGAAGAGCAGUGCUGGAGGAAAGGUGGCCAGGCCGACGCUCUUCUCCAAAUGGAUUGUCUCUGCCAGGCUGGUGGCACAUGUCUGUAAUUAUAACACUCAGGCAGGAGGCUGAGGCAGAUUUUGAGUUGGAGGCCAGCCCGGGCUGCCUUUCAAUAAAACACAAUGUUGUCUGAGCUAGGCACUAUGUAUUUAUUUUUUCAUUUAAAAGGGGAAUUCAUUUUCAUUGGAUUUUUCAUCUUCUGAUUUUUUUUUAACUUCAGGGAUUUUGUGGGGACAGAGGGUAAAAAUUGCUAUGUAAGCCCAAACUGGCUUUGCCACUCUCCUCAGCCUCAGGUCUGUACCACCAUACCUAGCCAGCUUAAUCAUUUGUUUUGGUUUUAACUUCAAUCAGAAUGAUCCCUUCUAUGUAAAUGUACAGUUCAGUAGUAUUGAGUAUAUUCACAUUAUUGUACAGUCAUCACCAUCAGUAACCAAAAUAUUUUCAUCUUCCAAACGAAAACCCUGUGCCCAUUGCACAGUAACUCCCCACUCUUCUCAUGCUUUCUCUGUUAACGUGACUAUGAAUAUUCCUCCUCAGUGUAAAUGAUGCAGUCUUUGUCCUUUUGUGAUUGAUGGACUUAACUUCCCUUAACAGGGUACCUCCAAGUUCCUCAGUGUUUCCAGUGAUUUUUCUUUUUUACUCUGAUUGCAGAUUCUAUUCUUCCUAAUCACACUGGUCUAGAAAAUUACAGAACCUUGGCCCUGAUCCUUCUGGGCCUUCAAGUUCUGAUAUAGUUUGGUGCAUUACAGGUAUCCCUCUGCCCCCACUGCCUGUGGGCUGUUCCAGUGACUUGGGGCAGGCUCAUGAUGUGUGACGUGCCUCCCUUGGAGGAGGUUUGGCUGAAAACCACAUAGCCCCGAGAAAAUAGAGGUUGCUAAGAGGACAAGCCUUUAGUGCCAUAUGUGGUUGUUUCCAGGUGCCCACUGCGUUCACAAUGGAGCUUCUUCGUGAUUCCUUGACUUUUUGUGUAUGGCUUUUGUUUUCCUGAAUGCUGCAAUAUCAACUAUAGGACUUGCCUUUUUUUCCCCUUUGUUUUAAGAGAUCUGCUGCUAAGAAAUCAUACCAAAAUUCCAAAGGUUCAAGUAAAAGAACACAUCCCUACCAGGCACAAGACUCCAGUUCUUUCCUCAGAAUUGCUCAUAUUACUCCAGUUCUUUCCUCAGAGUUGCUCGUAUAACUAAUAAAUAAAAAUUUAAACUUG